GUUUCUCUUCGCCUUCGUUCGUUGUGCUUCUGAGUUUUUGGCACGACAGCAUAGAGAAGCAUUCACGGUUGUCUGAAUGAACGCUCUAGGAAACCCGAACAAGAAGACGAAGUGUACAGUCUCUAUCGAGUAUUGACAUGAAAACAUAACGGAUGGAGAUACGGCAGACAUCAGACAUCAUUGUCAUUGAGCUGUAAACAAAAAUAUCCCUCACAUGGAACAUCAUCGUAAUUCUUGUUGCAAAAUAAUCAUUUCUGUAGAAGAAAUCGUGGACACGCCCUACUUUCGUCAUAUUUAUUUCCCCAAUUGUAGUAGCUUUCGUAAGAUUCCCUCAACUUGUUCCAUAGAGAUAGAAUUCGUAAAUUCCUCCAACUACAUAGCUAGUAAGUAUUCCUGUGAUUUCCCAUUUGACUCAUUCUAAUCUCUACUCAAGAAGCAGCGCAAACUACAACGAUCAUUCUAUCUUCCCUGACCAGCAUGAACUUGCGCCAAAAAGAACAGAAUGCUUGACUACCCAGAAAGAUAGAAUGUUUGAGGUGGUUCGUUGUAGCAGCUGUAGUGGAGUAGUUUUCGUUUUCCAAGAAUAUCGCUCCAUUUAAUGUUGUAGGUACGAGCUCUGAGCAAGAAAUGCCUUGCUGUCUUCUUGAACUGGCACUAAGAAUAGAUGAACUUUGGAAGUCUAUAAUCAUGUGAGGCAGUCCCUAGAUGAGCUGAGCACAUUCUAACUGUCUUUGAAGCAGUCGCUGACGUAGCGUCGAAUGCACAAAUUGAGAAUCUAAUACGUAAAUUAGAUCUCCAUCCAUAUUAACUCGAUCGACUUGAUAGAACCACAAGCACAACAUCAAUAUGAUUUGUCUUAUUUUUGAU